UGAAUUUACAUCUCCUACGAAAAAAGAAAUUAACUUAUAUAUAGUCACAUAAGUGUCACUUAUCAGAAAUUGCAGGAUGGCUGAAAAAUCUGGAUGUGGUGAAUUACAACAAUUAGUUCAAGAAGAGGAAUGCGAAGAACCAUUAAGUCAAGGUGGAGAAGCUACACCACCUUCUACACCAGCAAGGUCUCAUCAUCCAAGUAAAAAUGAUACACAUAGUUCUCAUAUAUCGCAACAAGUCUUAUGGGAGACUAAUGUCCAAACUUCACCAAUUGUUAGUAAAGGAAGUUCAGGUCAAGCAACAAGUCAAGGAUCUAUGGUUUCUGGACGUGCUGUGAAUCUUUCAAAUCAUGGAAAUCAGUCUCGUUUAAUGUAUAUGAAUGAAAAAGAAAAACAAAGGCCAAAUCGAACAGAACUAACAAAAAUUAAUCGGCAACAUAGAGUUAUGACACCAUGCAAACAUCAUUGCUUUUUGUCAGAGGUUCCCGAUGUUCGACGCAUGGAACAAGCUUUAUUACAACUUUUAGAAGAUUUUCAUAGUGGAAAUUUACGAGCAUUUGGAAAAGAUUGUAGCAUGGAGCAAAUGACAGAAAUACGAGAACAACAAGAGCAAUUAGCUAAACUUCAUUUUGAGUUAGGUCAAAGACAAGGAAUUGGUGGAGAGCAAUCAGGUCUUCGACAUUCGAGUGCUAAUAUGGACAGUUUGUUAGAAUGUCUUCAAGAACUCAGUGUUGGUAUUGAGAAAUUACAUAGUAAAUAA